AUGGUGCCGCCUCCCAAGCUCGCGCCGCUGGAGGCCAACCGUGAGCGCUGGCUGCGCAACGGGACGAACGGCAAUCGCAAGAUGUGGAAGUGCAGCUACUCAGAUUGCGGCAGCGCUAAGAACCUGCUCAGUUUCUGGUACUGCAAGCACUGCAAGACGUCCCCGCCGCCCGUGGCGGUGCCCGAGUCGGCCAGCAAAGAGGACGUCCAGCAGCUGCUCCAGCUGGCGGAGAAGCUCGGUGACACCGCCGCGGCGGCGCACCACCGUAGAUGGAUCGCCAAGAGGUCCGCCAGCGAGAAGCCCACUCCAGCCAAGCCACUGGAGAAGCAGGCAGAACAGGCCCGCGUUCGAGUCAAGCCCCUUGAGACCAAGCUCAACGAAGAGUUGUCAGACAUCGAACGGGCGCGCACAUGGUGCUCGGACUGCGUCGAGGCAGCCAAGAAGCUCAAGAUCGACCUGGACGAGGCGGAUAAGGAGCACAAGAGGCUGGUGGACCAGCUCCAUCACGAGGUGGUGGCUCCCACUCCUGCUCCUGCGCAGCGGGCUCUGUGCUUGCGAGACAUAUUGGACGGCAAGGAGGGGGCCAUCGCCAUAGACUACGGUGAAGGAGCUCUCGGCUUGGACGGCGAACCUGCGUGGUCGGACACCGAUCUGGAAGAGUUCAACAAACCCAAGUCCUUGCUCGAAGGUCAGCUGGCGGACAUCACCAAACAGUUGUUCGCCAAGGUCCAGCAGUCGGUGCAAGGCCGAGAUUUUGAGAUCAGCGACAGUUUAGUUGCUGACCGGGUUGGCGUCGGGUCCAAUUUUGAUUUCUUCCAGGUGCCCGACUCCCCGUCCAAGGAUCAGUUUUGUUUAAAGUUUGAAACUUGCAACGCCACGUCGCGGGGGUCGCGCAAGGAAUGGCUCCCGGGGGCCCAGGCCCAUGCCGCCCAAGAACACCAUCUGGUGCCCAGCGAGCCGCGUAAAGCUGCGGAGGCCUGGCGCCUGCGCAACGGUUGGAAGGGGAUUUUCUUUCCUGCUCAUCCAGGCGAGGGCGAGGGCAGCUUAGGCGGCGUUGCUGCGCUUGGUCGCGAGUUCCUCGGCUCGCACCCCUUGCCCAACCUCAGCUCAGAAGUUGCCCCGUCCAGGGCGGUCGCGGGCAUCAUUCAUCUUCCUGGGGAUGAAGCUCUUCAGGUUCUUUUAGUCUCGGUGCACUUGUAUUGCUCCGAGGGCCUCACCAAUCGUAACUUGCAUAUCUUGGGCGCGGUCGGCAGCCCCCAGGACAUCCAUGCGCCUGAAAUGUUGGCGGGAGGCAAAAUCAUGAGCGAGCUGGUUCCUGGGACCUCGUCCGAUGGAUUCCAGGAAAAGUUGUCUCGCCUCGGCCGCCUCUGGGGGAAGUUGGCUGAGUAUGAGGCGGCCAAGGACACGUCCUGCGCCGUCGGCUACGACGACCCCCGCAGCACGGAGGUCGACGACGAGGCCGACGAGGCCCUCGAUUCCGAUUUGCUUACUGACUUGGACCAGGCGCUGGAGGCGGAGCAGAAUCGUGCCAGGAGCCAGGUGGUCAGCAACUUGAAGGUUGCCUCAUCUUGCCUGCACAAGGCCAUAGUAGACGAGAUGGGAUGCGACAUAUCGCGCGACAAGGCCGCUUUCGUGACUUACAGCAAAGAAGUCAGGAAGCAGUUGAUUGACUUUUUAGGGCCUCUCGCGGGCAGACCCACGGACAGCGCUGUCAACCUGGACAUCGACGAUACCGCAGGCAGGCAAGUCUGGGAGCAGGUUUUUAACAGUAAGAUGCCCACCUGGCGACAGGCGGCGCCGGAGGUGCAGCUCGAGUUCGGGCUGCCGUGGAGCUGGGCCGCGGGGCUGCUCGCGCUCGGAGGCCUGGCGGGCGCCUGCGGCGCGGAGGCCCCGAGCUGCGCGUGGGCGUACGUCCUCUACAAUGGGGAGGGCGAGCUGUGGCACCAGAGGCGGCGCGUCGCGAGCUCAAGGGUGUCUUGGGCGACUGACUACAUCCUGACCCCGGACGGGGAUUGCUACCCGGAGAAGUACGAUUUGGAGGAGCAGAACAUCUCGGCGGCGAGGUGCGCUGAGGCGCGCUGGCCGCCCCCGCCGGGGCUGGCGCGAGGCAACGUGCACAGGUUUCGCGCGGCGCCGUCCCAGCAGGAGCUCGACGACGCCGCGGAUCAGGGGGGGCCGCCGCGGGUGCGGCGCCCGCCGCCGCUGCUGCGGGGGCUGCCGCCGCCGCGGGGGGACCUCGGCGGGUCGGCGCCCCAGCAGGAGGGGGAGGAGCAGGUGCUGGUGCUGGAGGCGGUGCCGCUGGGGGAGGCGACCAGACCGCGGUACUUCAUCAUGCUCCACGGGCUCGAGACGGGCGACUGGGGCGCGGAGGCGCACCGCAUGUGCCUCAAGGCGGUGGAGGACGCGGCCACCUACGACCACCUGGAGCUCUGCAACCUCGCGAGCUUCGAGGGCCUGUUCUGGCAGGCCCAGCUGGUGGAGCACGUGUACGAGCAGGAGCGGGUCGCCAAGCUGACGAGCAACAACAAGGGCAAGAAGGGCGCUGGCAAGGGCGGCGGCUUGCUCGACGAGGCCCUGGUGUUCACUGGUCAGCACCGGGACGCUGGGGCCGUCAUGCUGGCGCCGGAGUUGAUGGACUUCGUAUCGCGCGAGGUCGAGAGGGAUGCGAACAUCAUGAAGCAGGUGCGGAAGGCGCGGGAAGAGCGCCGGGCCCUGAACAAGAAGAAGGACGGAGUCUCCGGGACCAUCGCCACCCUCAAUGAGCUGUACGGGGGGUCAAACCACCCGAGCGGCUCCAAUUUGCAGCCCAGCGCGGCGCAGUUGGCGUGCCUGGAGCGGAUCGAGCAGGCGCAUCGCGACCUCGGUACGCCCCCGGCCGACUUGCAUGGACAGGGAGCCCUGGAGGAGCUCCUGUCGAAGCAGAGCUACGGCGGUUCCGCCGGAGCUGUUGCGCCCCUCGAGGUGGAGCGGGUGGCCUUGCCCAGUCUCCAGCGCCGACCUGCUCGCAUCCAGGAUGUUGGCGGCUCGGCGGGCGUGAAGGUUCUCGAGGUUCUCAAGAGUUUGGUUCGGAAGUCCGAAGAGGGCGAAGCAGAGGAGGAGCGACAGCAGCUGCGGCGCGCCUACAACGACCCGCUGAUCAGACAGAAGCCGAAGGACGCCCCUGGAGUGAGCUUGGCUACUGGAGACAGUUUUGGUCGGCUAGAGUUCGAGGGGAACGAGCCGGUGCACGUCUCGGGAGUCGACAUCGAGGUCGCCUUCUACUCCAUCGGCCUCCCCGAGGAGCUGCGGGAGUACUUCGGGAUGGAGCCUGUCUGCGCUGGCGCCGUCGGCGUGGGCUGGCUUGGCGGAGUGCGGCUGCAUCCUGGGGAGAAGCUGGUGCCCGUGCUGAGUGCGCUACCCAUGGGCUUCAAGGGCGCCCUGUACGUCUGCCAGGCCCUCCACGAGGCCGUGGCCGAGGGGGUCGCGGGCGUUGAGGGGGGCAACCGGCUGGUGGACGGGAGGCCAGCGCCUUCCGCUGCCCGAGGGCCGGUGCACACCGAGUACGUGGACAAUUUCGCGGCGCUGGGCACCGACGGCGAGGAGGGGCGCCGCAUGGCCACCGAGGUCGGCGAGGCGCUGAAGGCCGACGGGCUUGGCGUGCACCUGGUGACCUGCAGCCGCGGGGGGGACACGCUCGGCUGGCACUUCGAUGAGUGGCGGCCGGCCGUAGGCGUCGCCCCUCGCACCGCCUGGCGCCUCAUCCUUGGCUUGCGAGAGUUACUGCGACGGGGUCGUGCGAGCAGCGCCCAGUUGAGAAGCAUCGUUGGUCACAUCACGUUCCGCGUCUUGCUCCGACGACCCAUCCUUUCUGUACUUCAAACUGUCUACGCUUUUAUCGAUCGUCAUCCUGUUCGGGUUGCGCCUCUCUGGGACACAGUAAAGCAGGAGCUGGAGUGGAUAAGUCGCCUGGUGCCCCUGGCCUCGAGAGAGCUCAACAUGGAGUGGAGCCCCAAGGUCACCGUGUUCGACGUGAGCGAGUGGGGGUACGGGGUGAUGGAGCGGCGAUGCGAGCUCGGAGCGAUCAAGUAUGCUGGGCAGUACUCUGAUAGGCCUUGGAACGUCUCGGGGGACCGGGUGAUCUUGGAAGCUCGGGCCGGCGUGUGGGCCCUUCGUCACAUUCUUCGGGACAGCCGUGCUAUAGGACGCAGACACCUCGUUCUCAGUGAUGCCAUGGCCGUUGUGCUCGGUGUGGCAAAGGGGCGGAGCUCGAGCCGGGCCAUGGGGCGCUGCCUUAGGCAGUGGGCUGCCCUGUGCCUGGCCAGCUUUGCCGUCGUUCACGUUCGCUGGAUCUGCUCCGAGCGGAACGCGGCGGACGGCGCCUCGCGGGGCUCUGAGGAGCGCAGCGCCGCGGCUGCCCGGCAUGCUGAGCCGCGGGCCGACGGAUCGACGGCUCGAGAGCGCCUCGCUCGCCACGACCUCAGCGGCUUCGAGUUCGUGGAUCCCGUCACCGGCGGCUUCAUCGGCUGCGAGGGGACCGAUAACUUCGUCUUCCGGGCCGCUGGCGCAAGCUCGGCCGCGCACCAGCUCGCGGGCGCCAGCCGCGAGGUUGCCGCCGACGGCAGGCGGCGGGCGCUGCUGGGGCCCGGGCUGACGCAGCUGGAGCGGGGGGCGCCCCCGGGGGCGCGCGCGCUGACGGUGCUGGAGGACGAGGCAGUGGGGCCCUCGACGCAGAAGGACUACCGCCACCGCUUCGGCUGUUUCACGCGCUGGGCCUCGGAGAAGGGUCUCAGCUGGGAGACUCCAGCCAAGGCCGACGCGGCGCUGGUGGAGUGGCUGAACGAGCAGUUCUUCGAGGGCGAGCCCCUGGCGACCGGCACGAAGAUGCUGGCGGCGCUGGGCCACCUGCUCCCAGGGGUGCCCCGUGGGGCGCUGGAGCUGCGACGCUCGCGGCGGGCGCUCCAGGGCUGGAGGCGUCACAACCCGUCCAGCUCGCGCCUGCCGCUGCCGUGGCCUGUGGUUGCUGCCUUGGUGAAGGAGAUGCACGCGCAGGGGCAGCUGGCGGCCGCAGGGGCCACCCUUGUGGCGUUCGUGCUGCUGCUGAGGCCGGCGGAGACGCUGAGGUUGGCGGGCGGCUGCCUGGCGGCUCCGGUGCGAGGCGGAGGCCGCAGCCGCCGCAAGUGGUCAGUGGUGCUCCACCCCCAAGAGAGAGGAGUGACCUCGAAGGUGGGGGCGCAGGACGAGUGCAUGGUGUUCGACAACCCCGAGUUCGACCUGGUGCUGCCGCUGCUGGAGUGGCUGCUCAAGAGCGUGCCGUUCGGGAAGCCUCUCUUCCCGCUGAGCGCGGCCCAGCGGCAGGAGGCCCUGAGGGCGGCGGCCAGGCGGCGGUUUCCCAGCCUCGCCGCGCCCACGCUAUACCAGCUCCGGCACGGCGGCGCGUCCCACGAGGCGCUCACGCAGUUCCGCAGCUCGGAGGACCUCAUGCGCAGAGGCAGGUGGCACAGCCAGCGCUCCGUGAAGCGGUACGAGAAAGGCCGAGCGCACCCUCGGCGCGUGCCUCUCGCGGACAUACCGCGGCUAGCCGGGGCCAAGGGCUUCGCGCUGGAGAUCUUCGCGGGCAGCGGGCGCCUCAGCCACUGUUGGAGGCAGCAGGCGCCCUGGGGCCUGCCCAUCUUCGAGAUCGACGUCGGCUUCCACAGCUCACCCGAUCUCAGCCGCAGAGCAGCUCAGCGCCUCAUCCUUGGCUGGAUCCGCUCGGGGUGCUGUACGGCGAUCUGGCUGGGAACGCCCUGCGCGACCUUCUCGCGGGCGCGGGACUCCGGGGCCGGGCCGCCUCGGCUGCGCUCGGAUGAGCAGCCGCUGGGCCUGGACGGGCUGUCGGAGGGCGACAGGGUGAAGGUGGAAGUGGCGAACGAGCUCUGCCGCUUCUCCGCCAAGGCCCUCCUGUGCUGCCUCGAGCGGGGCGUGCCGGCGGCGUUGGAGAACCCCGCGUCGUCCCGCCUGUGGCUGGCGCCCUACAUGCAGGCCGCCGGCCAGCGGCCUGGGGUGAGAGAGACUGUGACAGAUUUCUGCAUGGAUGGUGCCCCGGCGGGCGCCAUGGGCUCGGCGCUGACUGCGGCGGUCGCCGCGUGCGGCGGCGAGGCCGCGCCGCGGCAACAGGCCGGCGCCGCGGACGCCGCGGCCAGUUCCGUGGACGACGACGACCGCGCGCUGCUGGAUGUGAAGGUCCAGCCUUGGAGCCACCUGCGGAGGCUGACCGCUGCUGUGGCGAAGGACGACGAGCUCGCCCGCAAGCUCGUGCAGGAGAGGAGAAAGGACUUCGCGAUGCUCGCCCUGAAGCAGAAGAAGCAGCACCAGGGUCUACUGCAGGACUGCCAGCAGCAGGAGGCACGGCUCGAGGAGCUCAUCGAGCGCAUCGAGUUCGCCCGCAUGCAGAAGGGCGUGGUGGAGGCCCUGGCCAGUGGUGUGGAGACCUUGAGGAGAACGCAGAAGGCGAUCGGAGGUGUCGACCGCAUCCACAGGAUAUUCGAGGAGCACGCCGACCUGGCGGCGGCGCAGGCAGAGCUGGGCGAGGCCCUCGGCGCGAGCGCCGUCACCGCGCACGACGCGGAGGCGCUGGAGGAGUACGCCAGGCUCGAGGCAGCCGUCGCCUCCCAGCCGCUCGACGGACCGCCUGCGGCGGCCGCCGUCGUCCCAGCGGGAUCCACGCCGCAGGCGGCCGCCGCCGUGGCGCUUCGGGCCGAGCCAGCUGCCGUGGGCGCGGGCUGA